CGCGUUCAUAUGGUUCGAAAGCAACCUUUAUUGUGGGAGCCUCUUCUCAUCACCGCUGGGGUUGCGAUGGUAUGACCGCCAAAAUUUUGGGGUAUGAAACUGUUCAAAAUCAAUACUAAACGGUUUAUUUUCAGUGUCGGCUGCAGCAAAGGAAGCUCGGAAAAUCUUCAGCCGGCCCUCCAAUAGACGAUGAAGAAGCUGAUGAUUUUGAGACAACUCCGCCUUUGUCAUCAUGUCAUCCCUAUGCAAAUCCUGCUUCCAAAGCACAUCUGUUUGUUUUUCCUCGAUCGAAAUUUUGGUGAUGCUGUGACGAUACAUUUGGCUAAGGAGGCUGAUCGUCAGUUCUUGAAUGCCGUGAGGUGCAAAUGCCGAACUGGUGGGAUGAGUCCAUACCGAGAUGCUAUCUCACUGAUUGAGAGAAUGGACCGAGUUGGGAUUGACUUCAACAUCUGCAGUCUCAGUAUCUUAAUCAAUUGCCUUUGCCAGUUGAAAAGCGAGGACCUUGGCUUCUCUGUUCUUGGCAGAAUCCUCAAGCUCGGGUUUGACCCUGACCUGAUUACCUCGAAUACCCUGGUCAUUGGGCUCUGUUCUUCAGCCUAAUGCCAUCACCUAUGGAGCUGUAAUUAAGGGACUAGUGAGGACAGGAAAAACAAAUAGGGCCUUUGGGUUGCUUAAAGAGUGGGAGGGCUAUGGCUCCAGGCUCGAUGUCGUUAUGUAUGUACAGCACGGUCAUCUCUGGCCUCUGC